AUGUUACGCGGUCGGAGAUUAUACAACGUUGGAUGUUUGAUAGCGAUACACUUUCACCCCGAUAGAAUCGCUCAAAGCGCUCCCGCGAUCAAUGCCACAGCCAGUUGCGCCGGUCGAGUUAUAGGAUUUGCCUGCGUGUCUACAUCUAGUAAGAGGAAAAUGGCUGAUAAACUAAGUCAAGAAGAGAGAGAUAGCUUGCUUAAACCACUUCUCCAGUCUGGCUGGAAAGUUCAGAGCAACAGAGAUGCUUUAGAAAAGGAAUUUCAGUUCAAAAACUUCAAUGAAGCUUUUGGUUUCAUGACACAAGUUGCUUUACUCGCUGAAAAAAUGGAUCAUCACCCAGAAUGGUUUAAUGUCUACAAUAAAUUACAGGUGACAUUGUCUUCUCAUGAUGUAAAUGGCUUAAGCAAGAGGGAUAUAAAAAUGGCAUCAUUUAUGGACAGCAACUUUCCU